UCUCAAUUUUCUAUGAUUCUCUGAACCUUUAAAACUUAGUUUAAAAAUGGGCAAGUGCUAAACAUGGCAGAAAUUAUAGUUUUAAUUGCACAGGGGAUUCGUAUAUAUUGAGUUCCUUCUGUUUUCUUUUGGCAACUGAAAAAGGAGGGAAAACAGCAAGAACUCCAAGCCGCAAAUUGAGCACUUCUUCAAGCUCUUCUGAUUGCCUUCUCAUCCGUCAACAGUUGCAGGAAACUUGUUCUGAUAUCAGGAUCAUCUUCAGCGAUCCUCCAAUAUCCUCCGUUCUGCAAGAAAUCUCAUUGCAGUGCUCAGUUAAGGAGUAUUUCUGUAGAUAUCAGAUACAAGAAUGGCUUCGACGGAUUCUGCAGAAACAUCGUGCGACAAUGCAUCAACUCCUGCUCCCAAGCUCGAACGAGCACAUUCUUCCAAGCUAUCGAAGCUCAGGGAGUUCAAACUUCGAAUCCCGUCUCUCAAAACAAGACUUUUACCGGAGGAAAGCCCAACCCCGAGAGUUCUUGAUUUCUUGAAAGCCCGGCCAUCAAGAAACUGGUUCAGGAAGCUCAGGCUAACUUCCCCUCUCGCUGUCUUUCGUAGGACUGUUAACAGACGAGAACAAGUUUCUCUUUCAGUCCCCUCUCCUGCGGGAAUUCGUCGCCACUUUCAUAUCAGGUUCUUCAGAAGGAUUGAUUGGGCCUCGAUAUUUUCAAUGUGCAGAGAGUUUCUCUGCCAUCCUAUGAAUCUUGCGCUCAUCGUCUGGCUUUUAUGUGUUGCUGUCACUGGAGUUUUUCUCGGUUUGCUUUUCCUCGGAGCUCUGAACAGUACAUUCCCUUCUAAGGCGGUAAGAAAUUACUGGAUGGAGAACUGCAACCAAGUAUUGAAUGCUCUUUUUACCCUGAUGAGCAUAUACCAACACCCGAUCUUCUUUCACCACUUGUUCAUGUUAUGCCGUUGGAAUUCUGAAGACAUCGUUGAGCUCAGAAAGGUUUACUGCAAGAACGCAGCUUAUCGUCCUCGUGAAUGGGCCCACAUGAUGGUUGUUGUUAUACUCCUUCAUAUCACUUGCAUUGCUCAGUACGGCCUCUGUGGCCUUUACUGGGGUUAUUCUGAAGCAUCCAGGCCUGAAAUCGCCGAAACUUUAUUAUUUGCUCUCAGUGUUAUUGCUCCAGUUUCCGCCGGUGCCUACACUAUAUACAGCCCUCUAGGGCGAGAAUUCAAUCUAGAUUCAGACUCAGAAUCUGAAGACUUGAAGACACGGACCAAGCCCGGGUUGAAACUAUACGAGGAGAGAGUAGUAGUGAGUCAACCAGAGUGGGUUGGUGGACUAUUUGACUGUAGCGACGAUCAAACAGUUGGCUGCCUAUCAUUUUUCUGCACAUUCUGCGUGUUCGGGUGGAAUAUGGAGAGGCUAGGGUUUGGUAACAUGUACGUGCACAUAUUCACUUUCCUCCUCCUGUGCAUUACACCUUUCUGGAUAUUUAGCAACACAGCGUUGAAGAUUCACAACAUUACCAUCGAUAAUGUGAUGUGGAUUGUUGGAAUAGUUCUUUGUGUGUUUGGAUUGCUUUAUGGAGGGUUUUGGAGGAUUCAGAUGAGGAAGAGGUUCAAACUGCCAGGAUAUACUUUCUGCUGUGGUUCGGCUUCGCUGAGUGAUUAUUUUCUUUGGAUGUUCUGUUGGCCGUGUUCAUUGGCUCAGGAGGUGAGGACGGCGAACUUUUAUGAUGUUGAGGAUGAUAGUUUGUAUAGAAGACUAUGUGAGAGUGAUGAAGAGAGCCAGAAUUCCAGUGAGGGUGGUUCGAGUGAUCGUGGGUAUGAGGUUGUGAUUUCUGUUUCAGAUGAUGAGGUUGCUGAGUUGAGUAAUGGCGGCGAUGAUGCUAUGAUUCCUCCUGUUCAAGUGUCAAUAGACCCCGAUAUCGUUGAGGAAAAUCCCAGUUUGUCAUUGACACAAGAAGAAGGAAGCAAUAGAAAGACCGAUCUCCAGGUGAUCGAGGUUGAUACUGUUGAGGAAAAUCCCAAUCUGCCAUUGACGCAAGAAGAAGGAAGCAAUAGAAACACAGAGCUGAGGAUAUUUGGGAGGGCUUAUCUUUUGAACCUUAUAACGUACGCAAGCUUUUGGUGGCUUUUGGCUUUUAUAAUAAGAUUUUUAUAGAGCUUGUAAGCAUAGAAAAUUCAUUUGCUCGAUCAAACCUAGCUUAUCUAGGUGAGCUCGUAAGCUAGUUUUUCAAAAGUCGGGAAAUCCCAACUUUUUUAAAUGGGACUUGAAGCUAGUUUGGCAAAAAAAAAAAAAAAAGCUUCCCCAAACACCCUCAGAAUCAGAGAUUUGUAAAGGUCAAUAGCAAUUAUGCUUGUAUGUACAGUUUUAUUGUG